AUGAGGAGAACUGACCACCCCAUCUGGCUUUUCGUCCACGAGGAGACAGAUCGCAGCAAUCAAGAAUGGAAGGACAUUCUGCGACAGAUAAAUGAUUCUGCGAGAAAGCUACAGAUCUCUCUGACUGAGAAACCCGAUGGUAUCACUGAGGAGCACGAAGCUGAAAGUGAGAUAAUGGAGGAGGUGUUCUCGACUAAACACGCCAUGGAAAUCAUCUCGCAGAGUGCCUCAAGCCCUUCAUCUCCGUCCACCAAUAUUGACAAUUGCCAAAACACAGAUAUUCGAAUAAUGUCCCAUUUCGAUACCCCAAGCUCUUUGGUUCAAGCCCAUAUUCCUACUGAUACCGGGAAUGUACCGACCAGUCUCGAUCGUUCGCUCUGGGGAAAACGUUGCUUUUGGUGUGAAAAGGAAGGACCACGACUCCCAUUAGGAAGAAAUGAACACAUGAAAUCUGAUGCUCAGACUGAUAUGUCGGAUUUGAAGGAUUCACAAGACCCCUCACCCACAGAGGAAGAUGCAAUUACCCCAACGGCUCAUGUCAAUUUGCACGGUCAUUGCUCCUUCAAGGAUCUACCAGCUGUAUUGUACAGGUGGUCAAAUCUCAACUCACAGGGCAUCAAUUGUCCAGCCAUCAUUCGGGCCGGGCUGUUUACAUUAAGCCAUUCUGUAAUGUUCCAGCCAAAAGAUGUUUCCGAGAAGGAAUUUCUGGAGUACUUCAAGCAUCAUGUGUCGAAAGAACGCAAACUGACGCCAUUUAUCUCAUUCUUCAAAAAGCCGUUAGCGCCAAUUCACCGAGGGCUUCAGAAUGGAGACGGGGCGGCUGUGUUCAUCAUCGAUACUGAGAAGCUCAGCAACAAGGCGUUCAAAGCCGCACCAUUGGUCCCUUUAACCCACACCGCAAAGCCGAAGUACAAAGGGUAUGGCGAAUACUUGAUCUGGGGCGAAGUACACACGGAUGCAAUUGUGUGUACGUUCACUGUGACCAAGCUGAAAAAGAUCGCCCACGAGCAUCCAGACAUCGCUGCGUUUUUACAAUUGCCUCGCAUAUCUGCGCGGCGGGACUGCACCGCGAUCCUGUACAAUGAGCUUGCUGAUAACAAGCCCCAAUCCAUCGAUGGAUAUGCUGGCCUACUGGAGAAGUUUACAGCAUUGCUUGGAGUCCCCGAGAAUCUUAGGGGAACUGUUGCAGCCGGGUUUAAAGAGGCGUGGUUUGAUAAUUUCCGAGGGUUCGAAUAUCAAGCACCAGACGUCCCCGGCUUGACCGAUGAAAUAGUUGAAGCGGGCGAAAUCGAGUCGCACGCGUCCGACGCUUACUACGAGCCAAUUUUGCCAAGGGCUCGCUCGGCAUCGUAUGUACCACCCGCUGACAGCGACAGCGACGAUUCAAAUGCUUCCUCUAGCAAUGAGCGUCGAGAAGGCGAAGAGACAGAGGCAGAAGCAGAGUCAGAGGCGCAUUGUCCGAGAUGGGAUACUCCAGAGGCGCCAUUUUCGACCCAUGACGACUCCAGUGAUGAUGACUUGGAGAUGCCGGUGACUGAAUUCUCCAGUCGACGAACUGAUCUCAGGAAGACGGAUGACCACGAGGCAUGGCCGACCGAGGACAUCUGCAUGAGGAUGUCCAUUAGAUGGCCCGCUUUAAUGUUUGCCAGGGGAAGACCCGACAUGUGGGGUGAAUAUGGCAUGUGA